GCAACAACAGAAGCAAGCGCGCGGUCGCCGUCGACGGCCGCGUCACCCUUCCGACUGCGCUGCUGCCCAGCACCAGCAGACAAGCGCCGAAACUAUACAAAACAAAGCGCCAACUAGCUAGCCGCCCGCCCGCUCACCCGCCCAGUGCUGACCCUUUCCACCACCCCUCUCCCCCCUCGGCCGGCCGGCAGCGGCAGCAGCACUCCCGUCGCCCGCCACGCCCGCAUGGUCGCUGCCGGGCCCGAGAUAUGGUCGCCCCCUUCCCCCUCCUCCUCCUCGUCUUCUCCGCGCAGCUCCUGAUCACCUCCGCCGCCGCCGCGUCGCCCCAUGGACUCACCUCCCAAGUUGAUGUGGCGAAGCGACUCAAGGAGGAGCUAUGGGAAACAAACCCAGGACAUGAGAUGCUCAAGUCAUGGAAUGGAGUAGACCCGUGCUCCCCAUCUGCCUGGGAAGGCUUCUCUUGCCGAUUACUAGAUGAUAACCAGCUCGUGGCUAAGCUGAACUUUUCUUCCAAGGAACUUCAAGGGCCAAUUCCCGCCGCCAUCGGUAACCUGACGGAGCUAACUGAGAUGUCAGUGAAGUGCAACCCCUUCUUGAGCAAUCAGCUACCUGAUGGCCUGUCUGCCAACCUGACUUUCAGCCAUGGAGGCUGUGCUGCUGAAGAGUACAGUACUCCACCUGGAGCUGCCAAUCAGAGAACAUUCGUUGUUAGCGGUCUUGCUGGAGGAUCUUUGGCGUGUACUUUUGCACUUGGAUUGUUCUUUACUUGUUUCAACAAACGCGAACGGCGUUCUCAGAAAUCAGAUUGUGCUUCUACAACAAACCCUGUUUUCGAAGAACGCAGCAUCCAUAUAACUACAAAUCCUGCAGUACAACAGUUGUCCUACAAAUCAAUCCAGAGCGCAACAAAUCACUUCAAGAAACUGAUAGGAGGGGGUGGGUUUGGAGCUGUUUAUCAAGGUACUCUAGCACAUGGCCAACAAGUCGCAGUAAAAGUCCGUUCACCUGCAUCGACUCAGGGAACACGCGAGUUUAACAAUGAGUUACGGCUACUUUCUACUGUGUGGCAUGACAACUUGGUCCCUCUAAUUGGCUAUUGCUGUGAAAAGGAUCAACAGAUUUUGGUUUAUCCACUCAUGUCCAAUGGCUCCCUACAGGAUCGCCUCUACGGUGAGGCAUCAAAAAGAAAAGUUCUUGAUUGGCCAACCAGAAUAUCAGUUUGCAUUGGUGCUGCUAGAGGACUAGUAUAUCUUCACAAUUUUGCUGGCCGUUGCAUCAUACACAGAGAUGUCAAGUCCAGCAACAUUCUUCUGGAUCACAGCAUGUGUGGCAAGGUUGCCGACUUUGGGUUUUCCAAGUAUGCGCCUCAAGAAGGCGACAGUAUUGCAUCAAUGGAAGUGAGAGGCACCGCUGGAUACUUGGAUCCUGAGUACUAUUCCACUCAGGUGUUAUCGACGAAAAGCGACGUGUUCAGCUUCGGGGUGGUUCUCCUGGAAAUCGUAACCGGAAGGGAGCCUCUUGACGUUCAGAGGCCUCGGAGCGAAUGGAGCUUAGUCGAGUGGGCAAAGCCGUACAUACGGGACUUCAGGAUCGAGGAGAUGGUGGACCCUGGCAUCAAGGGGCAGUACUGCUCGGAGGCCAUGUGGAGGGUCCUGGAGGUGGCCACGGCGUGCACCGAGUCCUUCUCGACGUUCCGGCCGAGCAUGGAGGACAUCGCGCGGGAGCUGGAGGACGCGCUCAUCAUCGAGAACAACGCGUCCGAGUACAUGAGGUCCAUGGAGAGCACCGGCACCUUCGGCUCCAACCGCUACCUCUCCAUCGACAGGAAGAUGUUCGCGUCGGGCUCGGCCCGGAUGGACCCGGCCAAGUUCGCGUCGGGCUCGGGCCGCAUCGACGCCGGCAAAGGGCCUCUGCAGGCCAUGCCUUCGCUUCCGAGGUAGCACCCCAGCUCUGCCUCCGUGAUGUACUUACUGUAUCAUGUAUGUAUAUGGUGGUCUCUCUCGACCCAUGGUCCAUGGAUGUGAUGGUUGGUUGCUGGAGAGUGAGGACACAGACGGAGUUUAUACCCGUGGACGCCAUGAAUGGCCGAGGGGAGAGGAGGCUACACCUACACGACACGGGCCAUGCAGUUGGUUACCACGGCAGUUUGCUGCGAGGAAAGUUUUCCCCUAGAGACAAAACACGGGCAGUUUUGCCGCCUGUAAAAUUUGUAUGUUGAAUUCGAUGCCUAUAUGUGCCACGCAACUAUUCUUUGGUGGACUACUGUUGAUGUAUUCUUUGGCCAACUGCUCUAUAAGGCAAGGCAGCAUAAAUUCAUUAUUUCAGACAUUAAAAUAUGAUAUACAACAUUUGGUGUA